AUGGACAUAUUGGUUGUUAAUGAAACGAAGCUUAAGGGAAAUCAGCAUCAUAAAAUCCAUGGUUUUCAGUCGAUUGAUAUCCCAUGGCGACCUGACGCAGUGGCUGGCACUGGGACAUCCAUAUAUUAUAAAGACAAUCUGAUGGUGAGGGACUUGAAAAUCGUCGAACAAAAUUUGUGCGAACUGAUUACAUUGAAACUACUAACAUCCCUUGGAUGGAUAUCUGUCGGAGCUAUGUACUCCAAAGCAAUGAAGAAUUAUCAAAAUCUUAUUGAAGAAUUUUUCCAGAACAAUGAUAGAGGAAUUCUAAUAGGAGACCUUAACGCAAAACACACAUCGUACGGAUGUGCCAACACAAAUUCGGACGGUAAUAUACUCCUCAGAUUAUCGGAGAACUGCGGUUUUAGUGUUUUGACCUCACGAGAACCAAACCACUUCUCUUGUUAUGGAGAGGAUUGUAUUGGAGUUUUCCUCGUAUCGGCAGAUCUUGUUCAUCAAUGCAGCAUACCAAGGAUUGAGAUAAACAUUGGUAGUGAUCACCUACCUCAAUCCUUGUGUAUGCGAACAUCAUCUACGAUAUGCGAAGAUCUGUUUAUCGGAUACGAUACGUCUCGGACAAUCUGGUCGGACCUUGAGGUAUCAAUGAAAAAGCAUUUGACACCGUAUCCAAUACAAAGCAUCCCUUCGAAUAUACAAAUUGAAAAACUUAAUAAAAUUCUCAGAGAAGCUAUACUGGACUUUCUCCGAAAAUCUUCAAUCAGGAAAUACAUCAUGUCAAAUACUAACAGAAAAACCCGGAUUGACGAAUCUUUGGGAAAACUUAUAAAAUGGAAGGGAAACCUUGAAAAGAAGCUAAGACGAUGCAGUGACCCCAUAGAUCGUAUUCGUCUUCGGGAUAAGAUUCGUACCGUGAAAAUAGAGAUAAAUGAUGUCGCAAAAAAACAUUCAGACCUUGCUUGGAAGAGUCAAUGCUCGAAACUGAAUAAGAAAAACCCUCAUUUUUGGAAGGUUUUCAACAGACUGAGUAAUAUGGAGAACAAAGGAGAAGAGAUCCGACUAAAAACAACUGAAGGAAUAGAUAUCCCGCUCGAUGAAGUUCCCUCACAUCUGCGAAGUCAACUGGCAAAAGUUCAAGAGGUGGAUCCGAUCGACAUGGUUCCGAAAGAAGUUAUAUGUGAGGCUCAGAGAAGUCUAAGAGCUAAUUUGAGUCAUACGGGACCACUGUGCAGAGACAUAACGUUGGAAGAAACGUAUGCCGCAAUUAUGAGCUGCAAGAAUAAUGCACCCGGCCAUGACUACAUUCCAAUUUCUGUAUUCAAACAUGCUCCAAAUAUUCUCCUACGAUACUUGACCGCACUAUACAAUGCAAGCUGGAGACUUGGAUACGUACCGGACUCUUGA